GAGAUUCCGUCGCCAGGUCGCAGACACUGCUGUCAAUCAAUCAACAUAUCCGACACCGGCUGCGAGUCCGCAGCUAUUGCGGUUUGGCUCAGCUGCACUUUUAGCAGUGUGAAGACGACAUUGUCAUACCAGAGAAAAAAAAUCCUAUUAUCUGGCUUCAUUGAACUUUUAGAACCAGCAUGACCGCUACUUACACUCGUCCUAGACCAGCUACUGCUAACUUUCUGCCAGCAAUUUCAACAAUGGCAUCAAGUUACAGGGGGUACUAUCCUUUUAAUGGGUAUAAACACAGCUUAAUGAUGCCUUGGAGACCUAGCACUUACUAUAAGGUAGCAAGCAUUGCUCCUAAUAUAGGCUCUAUUUCUGUGAAUGACCCUGGACCUGUUGAAGCCAAAAGUGCACAUUUACCAUCAAAUAGAACAGCAGUAAUUACCAGAUACACUCCCCAGGACUGGCAUGAAUUCAAUCAGUUCAAUUACAAGGAGUCGGAGGCCACCAGACAUAUUGCAGAGAGACUAAGGAUUGACACUGCUCGUCUGCUCCAGAACAAGGACAAUGUUACAAAGAAAACACAGUUUGAAACUAACAAAAAUUUGGGAGAACGAGUCAAUGACAUUAUGUUUUGGAAAUCUGAAUUAGAUCAUGAGGCUGAGCAGAUAAUUGGAGAGACUAAUGCUCUUAUACAGGCCAAGAAGCGACUGGAGCGAGCCCUGAUAGAAACAGAAGGUCCUCUACAGGUGGCACAGGAGUGCCUGUAUCAAAGAGAGAAGAGGAUGGGUAUAGAUCUUGUUCAUGAUGAUGUAGAGAGGCAAUUGUUAAAGGAAGUUGAUUGUAUCAAGUCCUGUCAAGGAAGAAUGAGAAAACACUUGGACAGGGCAAUUGCCCAACUUGCAUCAAAUAGAAAUGCUCAGCAUGAGCUGGAGCAGGAUAUCAACGAUAAAAAUGUAGCUUACAGAAUUGAUGGAAAGUGUCACCAACUACGAAACACGUCUGAUGGCAUCGGUUACUACAGAGGGCUGGAUCGUGUAGAUGCUACAAUUUCAGUUCCAGAGUCUUGGGCUAAGUUCACAGAUAAUAACAUUUUGCGAUCACAGAGUGAACGGGUCUCUUCUGCGAAGGUUCGGGAUGACAUAGAAAAUCUCCUAAACUCAACAGCCAGUGAGAUGUGGAACCAGUUCAAUGCACUAAAUGUAUCAUUGACAAACCGCAUCUCUGAGACCAGUGAUGCCAAAAAUAAGUUGCAGAUACAUCUUGCUAAGACUCUUCAAGAGAUCUUCCAAACUGAAAUGACAAUUGAGGGCAUCAAACGAGCAAUCAGGGAUAAGGAAGGACCUCUGAAGGUAGCUCAAACUCGUCUUGAGGAACGUACAAGGAGGCCAAAUGUGGAGCUCUGCCGAGAUCCAGUUCAAAUUCAUCUUGUUAAUGAAGUUCGGGAGCUCGAUACGACUAUCCAGACCUUGCAGCAGAGGUUAAAGGAUGCUGAAAAUACUCUACAAAUGUUGGUACAAACAAAAUCGACCUUAGAAUAUGACCUUUCUGUCAAAGCAAACUCACUUUUUAUUGAUCAGGAAAAAUGUAUGGGAAUGCGUAAGAAUUUUCCAAGCACUCCAAGACUGGUUGGAUACACAUGAAGAUUGAAUUAGUACUUACUUUAUUUUACACUGAACGAAAUUUACUAUGCAUCACCAUGAGUACAAUGGCUUAUAAUUAUAUUUAGACUGCUACCCUGAUGUAGGAACUUACAGUAGGUCCUCACUGAGUUUAAAAGUUGUGUAACUCACAACUGCAGAUGUCACUGAGUAAUGAUCUUUCGACAAAGUAGAAACUAAAAUUUAACAUCAACACUGAAUUGUUUUCUUUAUGGGUGCUCCAUACCUCAUAGAUUAAAUCUUUUAAAGGAAUAUUGGUACAAUGCAGUCAGCUCACCUGGAUUGUUUCACACAAAUUGCUGAUCACCUUUGAUUUUUACACAAAGCAUAACAACCAGCUUAACAAAUAAUAAUCGCUUUAAUAUAGAGAUCCAUUGUAGUUUUCAGAAGCAAGUUGGAUAUAUACUUGAAAGGAAGAAUUUUGAAAUUGGUCUCUUUUUUAACAAUUGAAUGGCCUCCUUCUGAUCCUCUAUCCUUCUGGAAGCUUAUGAUAAUCAAAAAACUAUGCUGUGAAAACCAUCUUCCCCUGUUUUACACUGUGACUGAUGUCAACUGUUUGCUAAUGUUCAAAACAAGUUGACUUCCUAAAGUGACUGCAUUAUAGAUUUGAUGAAAAAACAUUAACAAUUUUAAGGUUGUUGCAGUCUUUAUUUUGCAACUUGUAUCAAAUACAAAAUAAAUCAUUCAUGAUGGUUUCUGAAAGCAAUUCUUCACUAUUGCCUGUAAUUUUCUGUGCUGACAAUAUUGAGCUGAUGUUGCUGAGAUAAACACUGGUAGUAAAGUUUCCAUUGUGCAGCACUAGGCAAUGAUUUAUAAGAUUGACACCUCAUAUAAAAAUGAAAUUUCUACAUCAAACUGCACCAGAUUUUAUUUUGACAUUUCUGAGUUGGGUUAGAAUUUAUUAAAUCCUGUGAAAUUGUAAUCAGGCAUCUACAAUGUUAAUCAAUUAAAAAAAAAAUCUACAGGUGCUGGAUAGCGGAACUAAAACAGGAAAAGCUGGAGAAGCUCAGCAGGACAGGCAAAAUCUGAUGAAGGAUUCCAGGCCUGAAAUGAUAACCAUUUUUGUUUGCACCAAUGCUGUGUUUUUCCAGAUUAUUUAGUUCCAUUACGAUGGAAAUACUGAGCUUCCAACUUUACUGGUUCAAGCUCCUGAUAUGAGUGUUUUUUUAUUCAUUUAGGGCACAGACACUUAUAAAAUUAUGUAUAAGUUCAUCGUAGAUGGGCAUUUCUCUGAUUAAAUUACAUAUUUACUCGACUUCCAUUCUUUGCUGGAUCAGCUACAGACUAUAAUUCCAAUACAAUAAACACAAGAAACAUUGCAGGUGCUUGAAGUCUUGAGCAACACGCACAAAAAUGCAGGAGGCACUCAGUAAGUAAAUAUUGAGGGGAAUAAACUUUUUGGGCCGAGUCCCUUCAUCAGGACUAUACUAUUCCAAUCAGCCUGUUCCUCUUGUAGUUUAAAUUCAGUCAUGGGCUUUAACUUUCCUGUCCUUGUGACAUUAAGUUGUAUUAAAAAUCUAUUCCACUCU